GAUCCAGUCAUCACAUUACGAAUUAGUGAUUGGGAAGUGGUUAAAUUCAGAAGAUUACUUUGGUGGGUUAUUUUUGGAUUAGAUGCUUUGACAGCGCAUAAUUUCUGCUUGCCGCCCGUAUGUACAUAUAAUGAUUUCAAUGUGGUUAUGCCUGAAGAAGAAGAACCAAUAUUUGACCAUGGAGUGGUGCGGGAACGUAAAUUGAAUGUUAGUGUGUUGUCUUUGAAUAUCAAGUUCAACUACGACAGAAUCUUGAGUACUUUGGUGUAUCUCUUACAUAAUGGAUUGUCUUCUAAUAUUACUCAAGCACAAAUCACAGAAAUUUCAGAUAUGAUCAUCCAAUAUUAUAUGUAUAUUCACAACUCCAUGAAUAAAAUGAAUGAAUUUUACAAGGCCAAUCCUCCAACCACUGUUCAAGAAAUGAAUUUAAUUAAUUUUAUCAAGAAUCACUCAUUUAGUUUUGUGGAUAGAGCCAUGAUGUUGCUUCACAAGAAGAUUUUAUUUGGUGAUGAUACACUGAAUGAAGUAUCAGCGAAGCAAAGUAAACAAGGCUUCGAGUUGAAUGUGGAUAAGAACCGAGGUGGUGUACUUUCCUUGAGUCAAUAUGAAGACACGUUUGGCCAUAUUCAAGAAGCUAAUAUCAUCAAAAAUUUCAAUAAUUCUUCUAUUUCAUUAUUGAAAUUCAACCCUAGUGAAGACUUCUCAUAUGGUAAUAUGCACAACAAUUUAAUUCCUUCUAUUCUUCAUAAUUUGAAUGAUUUCCUCAAGUAUAAUGAUUUCAUUAAAUUUGGGAAGUAUAAUUGGUAUAUUAAACGUACAAUACCUUUGGAUUCCAUCAUUUUGAUGUUCAUUAUAAUCACGGUUAAGUUCAAGUAUGAGUUCUUCACCAUAAAUGAGUUGUGCAUCUAUGUGAAGUUGAUCAAUAAGGCACUCUUUAUUUUGAAUAGAAAAUGGUUCAAGAAUGAAAAGUAUAAAAGAAUGCUAUCAUUAACUAAUCUUACCUGGGAAUAUAUUUUGAAGAGAUAUAAUAUAGUACAAUUGAUCAAUCAAUUCAAUGAUGAAAUGCCAAAUAACCGUAUUGAAUUCUUUGACUACCAAGUUAAAGCUAUGGUGAAUAUGAACGAAUUGUUUGAUGUGAUGGAUGUUCCUCAACCAAUUGAUUUCCCCUAUAAAUUAGAUGCUCAUGGCAAGAUGCCUUCCAAGAGAAGCCAUUCUUUAGGAUCGAGGGUAAAUAAUGUCUCUGUAAAUUCUCUUGUGUUGAACCCUGAAUCAAAAUUGGAAUUGGCCCAAUUAAAUGAAAAGAUUUACUAUGAUUUAAGGAAUAAUUUUGUGGAUGUUAAUGAUUAUUGUGCUUUUUAUACUAGUUUGGAAAAUAUUUUGCAUGAGUUGAUGGAUUUUAUGAAUCAACAAAGAUUAGAGUAGCUUUGUAUUUAUUUAGUAAUGACUUUACGAUAUAAUGUAUUUGUGUAGAAUUUU